AAAAAAAGCAACUUUUUCCAGCGAGGGGAGCGCGUGGGCAUCCGGCUGGCCAUGGAGCUGCUGUGCUGCGAGGUGGACCCGGUGCGCAGGGCCGUGCGGGAUGCCAACCUGCUGCAGGACGAUCGAGUCCUGCAGAAUCUGCUGACCAUCGAGGAGCGCUACCUGCCUCAGUGCUCCUAUUUCAAAUGCGUGCAGAAGGACAUCCAGCCUUACAUGCGCAGGAUGGUGGCCACCUGGAUGCUCGAGGUCUGUGAGGAGCAGAAGUGUGAGGAGGAGGUCUUCUCCUUGGCCAUGAAUUACCUGGAUCGAUUCCUGGCUGGGGUUCCGACCCCUAAAACUCAUCUGCAGCUUCUCGGGGCCGUGUGCAUGUUCCUGGCCUCCAAACUCAAGGAGACCAUCCCGCUGACAGCCGAGAAGUUGUGCAUUUAUACUGACAAUUCCAUCAAGCCCCAGGAGCUGCUGGAGUGGGAGCUGGUGGUGUUGGGCAAAUUGAAGUGGAACCUGGCUGCUGUCACCCCCCACGACUUCAUCGAGCACAUCCUUCGCAAGCUGCCGCAACCCAAUGACAAACUGCCGCUGAUCCGCAAGCAUGCGCAGACCUUCAUCGCGCUGUGUGCCACCGACUUCAAGUUUGCCAUGUACCCACCAUCCAUGAUCGCCACCGGCAGUGUGGGGGCGGCCAUCUGCGGGCUCCAGCAGGACGAGGAUGUCAGUUCGCUCACCGGUGAUGCCCUGGUCGAACUGCUGGCCAAAGUCACCAACACCGAUGUGGAUUGCCUCAAAGCCUGCCAGGAGCAGAUCGAGGUGGUGCUGCUCAACAGCCUGCAGCAGUACCGCGAGGACCAGAGUGCUAACCCCAAGUCGGAAGAAGAUCUGGAUCAAGCCAGCACCCCGACAGAUGUGCGAGAAAUCGACCUGUGAGCUCCCGGCCUGCCGUCGGGGUCAGCGGCGGGGGAUGAGAUAUUUCAUCUUGCUCUCUCCUCCUCUCUGGUUAUGUUUUUGUUCUUUUGUGUGAUAUUUUUAGGAUGCAACUUUAAAAAAAAAAAAAAGAAAGAAAAAAAAAUCCUGCCCC